AUGCAAUCCUUCUCUUUGCUGCUGGGCCUCUUGGUAGCGUCUGUCACCGCCGUACCAUUUGACCAGCAACCCUUGAUCACCGAUGCCAGCAGAGAUGCGCCAGUCCCUGCCGAUCUCCUGACAGGCGCGACAAAACAAACCCUUCACGGUCGCUUUUUGCACAUUACCGAUUUCCACCCCGACCCAUACUACAGGGCUGGCUCCAAGAUCAGCGAGGAAUCGGGGUCAUGUCAUCAUGGCAAGGGCCCCGCGGGAUACUUUGGCCAGGAAGGCACCGAAUGCGAUUCCCCCAUGACCCUCGUGAACGAGACAUUCCGCUGGAUCGAGGCGAAUCUGAAGGACCAGAUCGACUUUGUGAUCUGGACCGGUGACUCGGCUCGUCACGACAACGAUGAGCGCAUUCCUAGGACUAAUGACGAGAUCGCGGAAGUCAACGAAUUCAUGGCUCAGAAAUGGCUCGAGCUGUUCGGAACAAGAAAGAACCCCAACAGACCGGGGAGUAUCCCGCGUGUGGCUGUUCCUGUGAUUCCUACCUUCGGCAACAACGACAUUACGCCUCACAACAUCUUCAGGAAAGGCCCCAACAGGUGGACUAAAAAAUACACGGAUAUCUGGCGGCACUUCAUCCCUGAGGAUCAGCGACACAGUUUUGUGGAAGGUGGAUGGUUCCUGAGUGAGGUCAUCCCCGGCAGGCUGGCCGUCAUCAGUUUGAACACAAUGUACUUUUUCGAGUCCAACAGUGCUGUGGAUGGGUGUGCCGCCAAGUCUGAACCCGGCUAUGAACAUAUGGAGUGGUUGCAUGUGCAGCUGCAGCUCCUGCGCGAGAAGAGUAUGAAGGCCAUCCUCAUGGGCCAUGUGGCUCCUGCCCGCUCCGAAGAGAAGACCAGCUGGGAUGAGACCUGCUGGCAGAAAUACACUCUCUGGACGGAUCGAUUCCGCGACGUCAUUGUUGGCAGUCUCUAUGGACAUAUGAACAUCGACCACUUCAUGCUGCAAGACAGCCACGAUAUCGAAAUCGACUCUAAAGCGAAGGGCGGUGCUGUGACUACCCUUUCCAAGGAGGAUUAUCUUACAUCCCUUCGGAAGCAGUGGGCUGAGUUGCCUGAGCCCCCAGUCAGUGUGCUCGAAGACACGACCACCGAGGACGAGUCACAGGAAUUUGAUUCCACCAAAAAGGGCAAGAAGGGGAAAAAGGGGAAGCACAAUAAGGGCAAGAAGAAGGCAAAGAAGCAACGCAAGUAUCUGAAAAAAAUCGGAGGUGAAUUUGCGGAGCGGUACAGUGUGUCGCUGGUCGCACCGAGCGUGGUGCCAAACUUCUUCCCAACGCUCCGAGUCAUGGAAUAUAAUAUCAGCGGGUUGGAGAAUGUCUUCUUGGAUGCAGAGACUCUCUACGACGAGACCGAGGAUGUCUUAUUUUCUAUCGAGGAAGAAACUUCUCCUGAUGUUCAAAGAAAGAAAAACAACAGGGACGAGAAGUCUGACUCCAAGAUCCCAGACGGACCAUCAUCAACCGCUCCUCCGGGACCUGCGUACUCCAAUCAACCCUUGACGCUCCUUGGCUGGACCCAAUACUUCGCCAAUUUGACCAAACUCAACCACCUGGCUGAUUCCAAGAGCGAGAAGCCUCACAUCGAAUACGAAAUCGAAUACACUACGUCAGACGAGGGCGACUCCCAAAUGAAGGACCUGACCGUGCGAAGCUUCCUGGACUUGGCCACGCGGAUCGGCGAAGAUGGCGUUGCCUCCAAAGACGUCGAUACCGACCCGAUGGUGAACAAGAAGAAGAAGAAGAAGAAGGUGAACGAGGCGUGGCGCACAUUUCUUUCCCGAGCGUUUACGGGAUACUUCAAUCCAGACGAAUUAAAAGUGAAGAGCCCGCAAUGA